AAAAAACCCGGAAGGUGAAGUGAAAACAUCGUGAUAUUCGCUCGACUGCGAAAACCUGAAUAGAAGGCGUCUUAGAAGAUCAUUAGUGAAAGAUUUUUUUGACUUCUUUUGAAAAUGAUGAUGUCGAGGUCACUACUCUCCAGGCUCCCUCAGACAUCGGCCUCUGAGCAGUUCUCUGGUCCUCUCAUGAAGGUCCUUUGGAAGGCCAUGAUGGUUGCUGGGGUUUUGAUCUAUGGCUCUCAUGCCAUAUUGAUCAACUUGUGUAAAGAUGAAAAUGGAAAAAUCCUGUUCAGUUCUGCCUCAGUGGUCUUGUUGAGUGAAGUCAUCAAGUUUCUGUUUUCAGUGGCCUUCCUUAUCCCAGAGAUAUGGCGUGGAGCUGUUCAUUUUCCUCCAAAAAAGACUCUGGUGUUCUUUUCCCUCCCUGCUUUUCUUUACUUCAUCAGUAACAACACAGCAGUACACAUUCAAGUUUACCUUGAUCCUGCAAGCUUCCAGGUUCUGUGUAAUUUCAAAACAGGAAUCACUGGGAUUCUCUACUGGCUCAUAAUCAGAAGAAAUAUUUCUGAAAAGCAGUGGAUUGCACUUGGAUUGAUCACUUUAGCUGGAUGUUUCAACAGUUAUGGUGGACUCCAAACAGCCCAAGACAUUAUACAAGUGCGAACCAACUCCACUGGCACUGGAAAGCAGAUUUAUGUCACAGUUAAAGGGCUCUUGUUAAUGGUAUUUUACUGUACUAUGUCAGGCCUUGCUGGAAUUUCAACAGAAUACAUUCUGAAGAGGCAGUACAAGCUCUCCCUUCACUUGCAAAACACUUUGAUGUACUUGUAUGGUAUGAUUUUCAACUUGUGUGCCUACGCUUGGUCGCAAGGAUCUCUGGGAUCUGUUCUUGAUCCAUCUGCUGGUUUCUUUCGCGGUUAUUCAAAGUGGACUUUGGUAAUCAUUUUUUGCCAGGCCAUGAACGGACUGAUCUUGUCGGCUGUAAUGAAACACUCCAGUAACCUCAUACGAUUGCUUAUCAUAGCUUGUGCGAUGGUCGUCAACACAGCCUUGUCUAUGGCCAUAUUCUCGCUGCAGUUAAACCUCUAUUUCAACAUUGCGUUCAUUUUGGUCAUCGUCGCUCUAAAACUGUACCACAGUUGAGAUAGAAGAACGAAAAUCACCGAGACUGCGAGACCCAGUGUCGGAAGGUCUUCGUAGAUCAUCCGCAGAAUUUCCGAGUUUUCCGACAGUAUACGCUAGAGCUUACAUUGUCGGCCUAAGGAUAUGUCAUGUAUGUUGC